AUGAGGCUAAUAGUGCAGUUAAAAUCCGCAUUGGAUUUCCCCGAGGGAGAUGAAGAUGGUUAUGGUAAUGAAAAUGGUGAAGAUGCAGAUAUUCUUCCAGAGAAUUCAGCGGCAAAUCUGUCUUGGGAUGUUCCUGAAGAGAAAAGGGAGAGGAAGUUUGAAUUUGAAGUAUAUACAUGUCGUUUGAUUGGAUGUGAGUUGUGUUCUCAUUGGAAUCACACAGAUUGUGUUAUUCGAGAGCAACUUAUCUACAUGGGUUAUUUUGUAAAGAGUGGAUCAGGGCCAAACGAAAUGAUUUUCAUGUGUCAAGCAUGCAAUAGGACUUCAGAACUAUUAGGCUGGGUUAAAGACGUCUUCCAACAUUGUGCACCAUCAUGGUAUGGGGAAACCUUGAUGAGGGAGCUUGAUUUUGUUAGUAGGAUCUUUCAUGGUAGUAAAUACCAACGGGGGAGGAAUCUUUUUUUAAAGUGUGGUGAUCUCAAGAAAAAACUGAAAAGUCAAAAAAUGGAUUCUAAAGUAGCAUGUUGGGCAAUAUUGAUGGCUUUCCAAGAGCUUGACUUGGAUUCUCCAAAGAACUCGGGAAAUGCAGAAAGUGGAAGAUUGAUUGCUCCACAUGUGGCGUGCAACAGAAUUGUUGAAAUGGUGCAGGAGGCUAUAAGAAAGAUGGAAUUAGUAGUUGAUAAGAAGAUGAGAAUGUUCAAAAAGGCUUGCUUGGCUUUUGAGGCUUGUGAUCGCGAAUUAUUCGACAAUGCCAGAAGAACAGGAGAACUCGGGAUGGAGAGACUCCAACAAAUGUCACUGAUUGAAGCAACUUGA